AUGGGUUACACUGAUCUGGACCAGUUGGCGAUCAACACCAUCCGUGUUCUCGCGGUUGAUGCCACCUCCAAGGCUAACUCGGGCCACCCGGGUGCCCCCAUGGGCAUGGCCCCCGUGGCCCACGUUCUGUUCAACAAGUUCAUGAACUUCAACCCCCAGAACCCCGACUGGAUCAACCGUGAUCGUUUUGUUCUCUCGAACGGCCACGGCUGCAUGCUGCAGUACGCCCUGCUGCACCUGUUCGGCUACAAGGUCACCAUGGAUGACCUGAAGAACUUCCGUCAAAUCGACAGCAUCACUCCCGGCCACCCCGAGGCUCACGACACUCCCGGUAUCGAGGUCACCACUGGUCCUCUUGGCCAGGGUUUCUCAAACGCCGUCGGUCUGGCCAUUGCCCAGGCUCACACCGCUGGUGUCUUCAACAAGCCCGGCUUUGACCUCAUCAACAACUACACCUACACCUUCUUCGGUGAUGGCUGCGCCAUGGAGGGUAUCGCCUCCGAGGCUGCUUCCAUGGCUGGUCACUUGCAGCUGGGCAACCUCAUUGCCAUCUAUGAUGACAACCACAUCUCCAUUGACGGUGACACCAAGUGCGCCUUUACUGAGGAUGUCAUGAAGCGCUUCGAGGCCUACGGCUGGCACACUGAGUGGGUCAAGGACGGUGAUAACGACCUUGCCGGCAUUGAGGCGGCUAUCCGCAGGUGCCAGCAGGUCACCGACAAGCCCUCCGUCAUCAAGCUGACCACCACCAUUGGUUUCGGUUCCAAGCUUGCCGGCACUGGCGGUGUUCACGGCAACCCCCUCAAGGUCGAUGAUGCCGAGCAAGUCAAGACCCGGUUCGGUUUCGACCCCAAGCAGAGCUUCGUUGUUCCCCAGCAGGUCUACGACAUGUACCACUCCCACGCCGCCGAGGGUGCCUCCAAGGAGCAGGAGUGGAUCCAGCUCUUCCAGAAGUACCAGCAGGCUCACCCCACCGAGGGUGCCGACCUGGCCCGCCGUCUCUCCGGCAAGCUGCCCGAGGGCUGGGAGAAGAGCCUCCCCACCUACAAGUCCACCGACGCUGCCGUCGCUUCCCGCAAGCUGUCGGAGGCCGUCCUGGAGAAGAUCCACGAUGUCAUCCCCGAACUUCUGUCCGGCUCUGCUGACCUGACUGGCUCCAACAACACUCGCUGGAAGAACGCCGUCGACUUCCAGCCCCCUCAGCUCGGUAUCGGUGAGUGGUCUGGCCGCUACCUCCGCUACGGUGUGCGUGAGCACGCCAUGGCUGCCGUCAUGAACGGUCUGGCCGCAUACGGCACCGUCAUCCCCGCCGGUGGUACUUUCCUGAACUUCGUCUCGUACGCUGCCGGUGCCCUCCGCCUGUCGGCCCUGUCCCGCGUCCGUGUUAUCCACGUCGCUACCCACGACUCCAUCGGUCUGGGUGAGGACGGUCCUACUCACCAGCCUAUCGAGACUCUUGCUCACUUCCGUGCCCUGCCCAACUGCAUGGUCUGGCGCCCCGCUGACGGCAACGAGACCAGCGCUGCCUAUUACUCGGCCAUCACUUCCAAGCACACCCCCAGUGUUCUGGCUUUGACCCGUCAGAACCUGCCCCAGCUUGAGGAGUCCACCAUUGAGCGUGCCCUCAAGGGCGGUUACGUCGCCGUCGACACCCCCAACGCCGCCGUCACCAUCGUCUCCACCGGUUCCGAGGUCAGCAUCUGUAUUGAGGCUGCCGCGUACCUGCAGAAGGAGCACGGCGUUGCCGCCCGUGUCGUCUCUAUUCCCUGCUUCGAAGUCUUCGAUGUUCAAGACAAGGCCUACCGCCUUUCUGUUCUUCCUGACGGUAUUCCCGUCCUGUCCGUCGAGGCCCUCAGCACCAUGGGUUGGGAGCGCUACUCUCACGAGCAGUUCGGUCUCAACCGCUUCGGUGCCUCCGGCCCCUACAAGGAGGUGUACGCCAAAUUCGAGUUCACCCCCGAGGGCAUCAGCAAGCGCGCCAUUGCCACCAUCGACUUCUACAAGGGCCACACCGUCCGCUCGCCCGUCAACCGUGCUUUCCAGCAGAUCCUGUAA